UUAAAAAUCAGCUCGAUUCGCAAACAACGCAAAGGUGUUCAAUAAACUUGAUUCUCCUCAGUCUCUGCUGCCCAAAUGUUGAUUGAAUAGUUAGGUUUCAUAGUACAACAAAUAACAAUCGAUCUGACCAAACAACGUGCCCAGUUUCCUAGAUAGCGACUGCUCAUCACUGGAAAAACCAAGAAAUAAAACAAACAUACCUUAAAUUCUUCUAAAGAAGGCGUUCAACUGAACUUUGAUAGAUAGCUUUCGAAAUUUAGUAAAUUUUGUCUGUCAGCAACUGACAACUUCGAAACAAUGAAUGCCUCUUCUUCAUUAUUCACUGGCUGUGAAGUUGUGAUAGUUACUGGUGCAAGCUCUGGUAUCGGGGCAGCCACAGUGGUCCGGCUUGCUCAUAGAGGAGUGAGGAAGUUCUGUUUGACCGGCAGAAACGAACAAGGACUGCAGAAGACGAAAGACGCUGUCAUCCGGGAGGCCACUAAAGAUGCACAGUUUGUUGACGUGCUAGGCGAUUUAACUGAAACACAAACUAUCGAGAACAUUGUCGGAGAAACUAUCAAAAUGUUUGGAAAAAUAGACAUUUUAAUUAACAACGCUGGCUGGGUUUUUGGAUUAUUGCCAAUCUUUGACCAGACAAUUGAUAACUUCCAGCAAACUUUUGACCUCAAUGUCAAAGCUGUUGUCAUUCUAACUAAACUAUGUCUUCCCUAUUUGCGAGAAUCGAAAGGAAGCGUCAUCAACGUAUCAUCUACAGGAAGCGUCCGAAAUUUCGAUAAAUUUGCGUUCUAUUGUAUGAGCAAGACGGCUCUGGAUAUGUUUACUAAGUGUCUGGCAACUGAGGAAGGCAAAAAUGGAAUAAGAGUUAACUCUGUCAAUCCAGGAUUUGUGGAUACAGGCAUCCAUGAAAGGUGUGGGAUGCCUCGUUCUGCGGUUGAUGAAGCCGUUGAAAAUUGUCGGAACACCCAUGCAGUCGGAAGAAGCGGAACUACAGAGGAAAUUGCGAACAUGAUCGCGUUCAUUGCAAGCAAGGAAUGCUCUUUCGUCACUGGGAACAUUACAAUGGUGGACGGGGGACUCAAUUGCACAAAUCCACUUUGGUAGUGAAUAAUUGGCCCGUGUGCACGAUUAUGAAAUACUAAUUGACUGAAGUAACAUUUGGAUGAAACAAAAUGAACUCUACCCGCUCUUCUCCUCUUCCUCCUCAUUCUUUAAACUGGAGUGGGAUACCCGAGUCAAAACUCGUGCAUAAAACUUUCCAUGAGAAAUGUAUAAUAAAAUCUCACCCAAUUUUCUGUUUUCUGUAGAGAAACUAUUGAUUUCUCUUCUUAUAAUUGAUAUAAAAUUUUCUGAUUA